UUUAGUCACUGACAUCCUGGUGACUGUGUGGAAGACUACACACAGACUUUAUCCUCAUCUCAACCUCACUGCAGAGUCAUUACACACUCGUGAGUGUUGAUAACAUGGCUAAGUAUGAGCAAGUCAGUGUCCACGGGUAUGAAGAAUUCUGCAAAGCUGUGGCUGAGAGAAAAGGAAAAGAUGUGUUUGUGUACUUCAGUGGCGACAAAGAUGAGCAAGGGAAGAGCUGGUGUCCAGACUGUGUGAAAGCUGAGCCUGUGGUUCGGGGGGAAAUGGCUCAUCUUCCUGAAGGCUCAGUCUUCAUCUACUGCCAAGUGGGAGACCGGCCAUACUGGAAAGAUCCGAACAACGACUUUAAGAAGACUCUAAAGCUCACGGGAGUUCCUACUCUGCUACGCUACGGCACACCACAGAAGCUGGUGGAGGAACAGUGUUUCAAUGCGAACCUGGUGCGCAUGAUGUUCACAGAAGAUUAAUGCCUCAUGCUGGCGUCUUUACACACAUUGAGCUGUACUUUUUCAGUUUUUUGCUACCAUAUAAUCAGGCACAUACAGAGUAUAUGUGUGUGUGUGUGUGUGUGUGUGUGUGUGUUGUCACUGUGAGAUGAAGGACAAAGUCUCAUUCUGGGUCAGCAUUCUGUAUCUGAAGUGUCAUAAAAGCCUUGAUUCUUCUGGAAAAGGCAGUAUGUGCUCACCAAAUCACUGUAUAAGCAAACACAAAUAUUCUAUGCUUUCAGUAGUGAGAAUUUCAAUUUUUGUGCAACCAAACACAAGAAAUAAUGCAAAAUCAUUUGCAAUCGCAGAUUGUCAUUUGUAAUUGUGUACAAAAUAAAAUGCUUAUGAACAGCC